CAGAGGGCGCUCUGCGCGGGAGUGGCCAGCCGCUGGGCCUUCGGAGUGUCCCGGUCCGGUCACCGUCCCGAGCAGCCCGGGAGCUCCGGAGCCCGCCUUACGAGUCAGCUCGUGGCUUUCACGGUUUCGGUUUUCGUGGAUUGCCGGGAGGUGAGGGGGAGCCAGUGUGGUGCCCGCCCCGGAAGCGACAGUGGAGGAGGGUUGGGCACCCCGGGAAGGGUGGACCGCAGGGAUAGCGGCUACUUGCAGAGAGCCUACGGGCUUUGUGGACAGGCGAGGCCACAGGAUUAGUUAAGUGGCGUUGGCUAUAUCUGCGAGGGAAGGGAGUGGAGGGAUGAGGGACAACGGAGCGGGGUGGGGGUGUGCUGCGGCGGACGGAAGCGUUUCCCAUCCAGGGUUCAUGGAUUUAAGUGACACAAUUUAGGGAGAGGACAGCGGAAUCCAAAACAGGGAAGUGUGCACGGGAAGCACCAGGAAGUGUAGAGUGACUGACAGGCAGGAGAUGGGAGUGGAAAGGUGUGCUCCGAUUAGAAGGUUGGACCGCCAGAGUUGAAGAGAUGGGAGGGAAGAUAAAGAACUGAAGGCGUGUCUGUGUGUGUAUCCUGUUCUGGCAGCUGACCGGAAGAACUGGAAGCCCCGAAGCCCCGGCCACCAUGUUCAACCCGCAACUCCAGCAGCAGCAACAGUUGCAGCAGCAGCAGCAACAGUUGCAGCAGCAGCUCCAGCAGCAGCAGCUCCAGCAGCAGCAACAGCAGAUACUGCAGCUCCAACAGCUGCUGCAACAGUCCCCACCACAGGCCUCCUUGUCCAUUCCUGUCAGCCGGGGCCUCCCCCAGCAGUCAUCCCCGCAACAGCUUCUGAGUCUCCAGGGCCUCCACUCGACCUCCCUGCUCAAUGGCCCCAUGCUGCAAAGAGCUUUGCUCCUACAGCAGUUGCAAGGACUGGACCAGUUUGCAAUGCCACCAGCCACGUAUGACGGUGCCAGCCUCACCAUGCCUACGGCAACACUGGGUAACCUCCGUGCUUUCAAUGUGACAGCCCCAAGCCUAGCAGCUCCCAGCCUUACACCACCCCAGAUGGUCACCCCAAAUCUGCAGCAGUUCUUUCCCCAGGCUACUCGACAGUCUCUGCUGGGGCCUCCUCCUGUUGGGGUCCCAAUAAACCCUUCUCAGCUCAACCACUCAGGGAGGAACACCCAGAAACAGGCCAGAACCCCCUCUUCCACCACCCCCAAUCGCAAGACGGUGCCUCUGGAAGACAGGGAAGACCCCACAGAGGGGUCUGAGGAAGCCACGGAGCUCCAGAUGGACACAUGUGAAGACCAAGAUUCACUAGUCGGUCCAGAUAGCAUGCUGAGUGAGCCCCAAGUGCCUGAGCCUGAGCCCUUUGAGACAUUGGAACCACCAGCCAAGAGGUGCAGGAGGGUCAGGAUCAAAGGCAUAGACCACCACAACUGGCUUUUUGCUUAUCUUUGGAUCUUUGCUAGCUCAGAGGAGUCCACCGAGAAAGGCCCUACAGGGCAGCCACAAGCAAGGGUCCAGCCUCAGACCCAGAUGACAGCACCAAAGCAGACACAGACCCCGGAUCGGCUGCCUGAGCCACCAGAAGUCCAAAUGCUGCCGCGUAUCCAGCCACAGGCACUGCAGAUCCAGACCCAGCCAAAGCUGCUGAGGCAGGCACAGACACAGACCUCUCCAGAGCACUUAGCGCCCCAGCAGGAUCAGGUAGAGCCACAGGUACCAUCACAGCCCCCAUGGCAGUUGCAGCCACGGGAGACAGACCCACCGAACCAAGCUCAGGCACAGACCCAGCCUCAGCCCCUCUGGCAGGCGCAGUCACAGAAGCAGGCCCAGACACAGGCACAUCCACAGGUACCCACCCAAGCACAGUCACAGGAGCAGACAUCAGAGAAGACCCAGGACCAGCCUCAGACCUGGCCACAGGGGUCAGUACCCCCACCAGAACAAGCGUCAGGUCCAGCCUGUGCCACGGAACCACAGCUAUCCUCUCACGCUGCAGAAGCUGGGAGUGACCCAGACAAGGCCUUGCCAGAACCAGUAAGUGCCCAGAGCAGUGAAGACAGGAGCCGGGAGGCGUCCGCUGGUGGCCUGGAUUUGGGAGAAUGUGAAAAGAGAGCGGGAGAGAUGCUGGGGAUGUGGGGGGCUGGGAGCUCCCUGAAGGUCACCAUCCUGCAGAGUAGCAACAGCCGGGCCUUUAACACCACACCCCUCACAUCUGGACCUCGCCCUGGGGACUCUACCUCUGCCACCCCUGCCAUUGCCAGCACACCCUCCAAGCAAAGCCUCCAGUUCUUCUGCUACAUCUGCAAGGCCAGCAGCAGCAGCCAGCAGGAGUUCCAGGAUCACAUGUCAGAGGCUCAGCACCAACAGCGGCUUGGGGAAAUACAACACUCGAGCCAGACCUGCCUGCUGUCCCUGCUGCCCAUGCCUCGGGACAUCCUGGAGAAAGAAGCGGAAGAUCCUCCGCCCAAACGCUGGUGCAACACCUGCCAGGUGUACUACGUGGGAGACUUGAUCCAGCACCGUAGGACACAGGAGCACAAGGUUGCCAAACAAUCCCUGAGGCCCUUCUGCACCAUAUGCAACCGUUACUUCAAGACCCCUCGAAAGUUUGUGGAGCACGUGAAGUCCCAGGGACACAAGGACAAGGCCCAAGAGCUGAAGACACUUGAAAAGGAGACAGGCAGCCCAGAUGAGGACCACUUCAUCACUGUGGACGCCGUCGGUUGCUUUGAGAGUGGUCAAGAAGAGGACGAGGAUGACGACGAGGAAGAAGAAGAAGAAGGAGAGAUUGAGGCUGAGGAGGAAUUCUGCAAGCAGGUGAAGCCGAGAGAAACAUCCUCAGAGCAAGGGAAGGGCUCUGAGACGUACAACCCCAACACAGCCUAUGGUGAGGAUUUCCUGGUGCCAGUGAUGGGCUAUGUCUGUCAAAUCUGUCACAAGUUCUACGACAGCAACUCAGAAUUGCGGCUUUCUCACUGCAAGUCCCUGGCCCACUUUGAGAACCUGCAGAAAUACAAAGCCAAGAACCCAAGCCCUCCUCCUACCCGGCCUGUGAGCCGCAAGUGUGCCAUCAACGCCCGCAACGCCCUGACUGCACUGUUCACCUCUAGCCACCAGCCCAGCCCCCAGGACACAGUGAAAAUGCCCAGCAAGGUGAAGCCUGGAUCCCCCGGACUCCCUCCUCCCCUUCGGCGCUCAACACGCCUCAAAACCUGAUAGAGGGAGCUCUGGCCACUCAGCCUGACUAAGGCUCAGUCUGCUAAUGCUUCCUAGGUAUCUGUGUAGAAAUGUUCAAGUGGUUGGUGUUUUUACUCAAAAUCCAAUAAAGAGUCAGUAGUUUGGCUA